AUGGUUCUGUCUUUUUUUCAUCAUUGUCUUUUUGGGCCUCCCCUGAUCUGCGUGACCCGCUUCGCCUCGUUCCGCUUUGGUGUUUUUCGGUUGCUGUUUUCCCUAGUUCUGCGUCAUCACGGUUUAAAGCAGAAAACUGCAGCUGAAGAGUUUGAUUUCCCCAUACCACUGAAUGAGUCCUCCGAAACAAUGAAGGAAAUGAAAAAGGUCUUAGCGUGGAAAAAAGUUAACAAAGUCAUUUCCAGAAUGAUUGCAGAAAAUGAAAACUACAGACACAGACUGAAGUGCCAAAAUUUAUCUAGUGAAAUUGGAGUUAGUACAAGAUGAAUGUGAAUCUUCCUGUCUUCUCUGCUUCAACUUAAUUAUUUUGUGAUAUUCCAACAACCUUGGCUUUGUGGUUGUAUGUUCUUCAAGUGACUAGUAAAUUCACCUGCUUCCAGUUGAAAGACAUGUACCUGGGCAAAUGGCCUAGGCCUUGCAUGCAUACACAGCCCGCAGUUUCCUUGCACCAUCCAACUUCUUUGGACAGUGCUGAAUCCUUCAGUGAAGUGUCAAAUGUUAGUUCUCACAACUACAUUACCAAAUGGAACGAUCAUGUUCAUAAACUUGACUGCAUGACAUUUGUGAAGCAUGUGGACAAAGCUUUUUGGUAUAGUUCAACCUUUGCUUCUGUGUGUGCCACCUGUCAACUCUUCGUGGAAACACAGCCUGUUUUGUUAUAUCUGCCAGUGUUCAUUCAUGUCACUGAAUGGGUGUCAUGCUGGAUAGUGUCCCACUGUUCUAGAACCAGGUAGCUCUAAGGACUUCCAUGCAAAUGAAUGUUCUCAAUGUUGUAUUUAUUGUUUAAUAAAUUUUUGAUGAAAUAUAUUAAAUCUAUUU